AUGGCUACCGUACAAGAAGAAAUAAAAAAUUUUGUUCAACGAGCUACUAUCACAACAAACUCUCAAGAAGCUGUUACAGAAUACUUCCUGUCGAAGCAACAAGAUCGUAACAUUAAAAAGUAUCCAGAAUGGGAUAAGCCAAGAGUUUACCCGGCAUUAGAAGUUGUUAGAGCGCAUUGUGAGUUAGCAAAAACUGAGGAGAGAUUACGUGCAAAAUGGGCCGAGCAAGAAAAAAAGCGGAAAUUCAUGGACGAGCAAUGGAACGAGAUGAGACGUCAGGAAUUGGUCCUCCGAGAAUCAUUUAUAAAGUUCAAUAGAUUCGUGAGGGAAAAUCAAGAAAAACGUGAUCGUGCGGAUACCAAAAUUAAAGAAGAACGCGAGCGUCAAACACGUAGGCUAGAAGAAAUAAACGAACUCGAAGAAAAAUUACGCUAUAUGAAUGACAUCCGAGAUAGGAUGAAAAAACAUGUGGCAGAGUAUAAAAAGUAUCAAGAUUAUUUAGACAGGGUCAUUAUCGAAACAGGAGAAUUUCAUUCGAUUUCUGAGAUUUUCAAUCGUUACGAAACUUUAAUCGAAGCACGAUCAAUCUUGUCCGAACAUCAGGAUAAAAACCUUGAGUUGUUAGAGGAGAAGGGGACAGAAAUGCAUCACAUGACAGAGUCAAAGUCGCAAAAAAUUAUGACAUUGAAUAACAAAUUAGCGCAACUACAAGCAAGACGCGAUAAGGCGGAAGUACAAGCUCGUAAAUGGGAAACAAUCGUAGCUGAAAUAAAAGUAACUGCGGCGGAGAAGAAUUUAGAGCACACGCAAGUAAAAACGUGUUGCUGGAAUCUAUAUCAACAGAUCUGCAAAAGAAAGGAUAUUCCCGUGACCGUAAGCAAAGACGAUGUCGAACAACAGCUAGACUAUAUUAAGCGAACCAUCCUUGAGUUAAAACGAGUCAUAAAAGUUGCAAAAAAACACGCGACAAAUUGUAAUCUCGCAUCCUUUGAACAAGCGUCUCGAUCAUUUUCCAUUAUCCUAUACUGCCUUUUCAAUCUUGAAAGUUCAGCUAGAGCUAUCGUCUCAAGCUCUACCUCGUCCGGUAUACGUUGCACUUUGUGCGCCAUUAUGAGAGGUUCUACUUUCAAUAAUUACAACCUUCCAAAAUAUAAUAUAAUUUUUGUUAAUUUAUUUCCUCUAAAUGGUAAUUCUUUUUAUUUCUUUCGAUGUACAAUAAAAAUACACGUUACAUCCAGUCUGUAAUGUUUUCAAAGUUUAUUUAUUGAACAAAUUUUCUUACAGGCUAUACACCACUUGCUGUUUGAGAUCGUUUCUCACCGAUUGACAUCUAAUUGUAAAGGUUAGCGCGAGACUCACUAUUUAUUAAACAUUUAUAAACAGUUGCGCUCGAUGGAUCCGAGAUUUUCCUGGAUGUUGGCAAUGUCCACGUCGGUAUUCUCCUCGCCGUCCACGUAGAUGAUCUUUAG